AUGUCAGUCGUCGUGAUGCUCCAGCGCCCCGGCAGUGGGCAGAGGCCUUCCCGAGCAGAGCUCACCGCGAUUGGCCUCACCCCUGCACAGGCAGACCAGGAGCUUGUCAGACAAAGUGAGUUGGAGGUCGUUUAUGCAAGCAUCACUCGCUGGAUGAUGCUGUUUGGAUGUAUCAUUUGUGCUUUGCUACCCGUGAGCCUCGUCCUGUUCUCGUACUUGAUAUACAGCUUUGCCCAGGAAUCGUGGAAGGACUGCGACGUGCCACUGCGUGCGUGGUUCUAUGUGGCGAUGUUCAACAUCGCCUACCACAUCAACCUGGGCGGCAGAUCGCUUCAUCGACAGGUGAUCAGGAGCGUGUGUAGAUACCAGGCACCCGAGCAGAGCCUGGAGAUUCCUCCGGCGCGUGUGAGGUUCUAUCACUGGCUCACGACUAUUUUUGUGUUCUCGUGGCACUGCAUUGGCCUGCACUGGACCCGCAUCAGCCUUUCGUGCCAUGAGACAGCUCCCAACAUGUUCAUGGCCACCUACCUUUUUGCCGCAUUCAAUGUCUUUUUCACGAUAUUCACAGUGGUCUCGACCUACGGGUUGCAACACAUGUUGGCUUCCCUGCUCCGUCGAGGUCUCCUUCCAUCUUCCAUGGUUUCCGACCGUGCAGCACCCGAGGGCACGAUCGAGCUUCAGCAGACCGUGGUCUUCGACCCACAGGAGUUCGCAGAUGCACUGCAUUGUCCGGUCUGCAUGGAGGACUUCAACAAGGAACACAAAAUCAAGAAGACUGUAUGUGGGCAUUAUUUCCACGAGAGUUGCUUGGUCCACUGGCUGAAAGUCAACAGAAAUUGCCCACUGUGUCGCAGGGACCUG